AUAUAUAUAUAUUAUCUUGCGAAUGAUUAUAUUAAGCGAAAUCAUUAUCUAUUAAAAACUAAGUCAUACAUUAGAUCAAAUUAAUUAAUAAUAUGAGGCCAGCCUUCCCACAGUCAUACUUAUAAAAGUUUUCAUUCAAUAUUCUGAACACGCACUUAAUUUAUUUUGUAUAUUCAAUACUUAUAUAUAUACCUAUUAGUUAUUUAGUCGCUGAUAUCGAUGUAGAUGAAUGGUAGUUUAUUGCUUUGGUUCUUCGGUGUAUUAUCUAGCUGAAUUGUCGCCGUGUCCGAUCACAGUUAUUGCUCAAUUGUCUAGCUGAAUUUUGUACAAUAUAGAUGAUGAUAUAUUUUAUGGCCCUAUCACCCCGAGCGUAUACCUAUUGUGACAGGAAAAUAAUUUUAUCUUUCCCCUCGACGUCACCGCUCGCCGAAACUCCUCGAGCGCUCGUAGGGACAAAUUUACGAGUAAGGUAUAGUUGUCGAAAUAGGAUUUAUGUCGUUUGUGUUAUUUAUGGUAACGUAAGGUACUUAUAUUACCUGCGAUUUAAUUUAUUAUAUGUCAAUAAUAAUCGUUGAAGUAGCGGGUUAUUGCUUACUCAUAUAAGGUAUCGCGCGAGAGCGACAAAGAGACAGCCUAUGGUUGGCCCGGUAGUUUGACAAAGAUAUCGCGAUUUCGUUAUCUCCUUGUCAAAGAUCCUCACCCCUCCACCCUUGUUGUUUCAGUGUAAACAGGCUGAGCUAGUGAGUUGCCAGGCGAUUUGUCGCGACAGCAGUUUCUAGAUAUCGUGACUUUGUGAGAUCGGUAUUCCAAAGGGAUUCCUGGCGCCCAGGCCUUUCAGCGGCUAUCGUCCCAACUGUUGCUCUCGCGGGAAUUUUGAUACUUGUGGCGGUAUAUCUUUCCGCGUUACCUUUUUGCCUUGUUUCGUAAAUAUUAGCGUCACCAUCUAUAUAGCGCAAUUUCAAUUACUUAUCGAUAUUGUGUAUUUUAUCAAUUUCUCUUAACCGUAGAAUCUCUUUAUUCCGCAAGAUCCACUAAUAAUAUAUAUCAAGUUAAGAUUUUAUUUUUUACGAUUUUAUUUUAUUUUUUACGUGGCCCUUCCGCCACAUACUUUUGAUAUACUUCAAGUCCAGAAAGGAAAGGUGAAAUUACAAUUGAAGAACCAAAUAAAGCAAAUUCGUUUUUGAGUAUUGUAUAAAACCAUGUUUGAUAUUUCUAAAAUCAAAUUAUCAAUCGAUAAUCGUUAGUGUACUACGAUAUCCACUUCUGUAUAUUUUAGAUCAUUCGUUUCUAUUACUAUUGUGGCUGGCAUCAUUUUCAGCAUAUUGUACUUCUUCUUCUACAGCAUUCUUCUUUUCGUAGCAUCGCUCUAUUCAGUUAUAUUAAUCAGUUAGUCAUUACUACUCGUGUACAUAUAACCACUUAACAAAAUCAGCGAAACGUGAUAUAAUAUUUAAGUACUAUACAUAUUCAAAUUCGUUGAACUAGUCUCUAAAAAAGCAGGAAAAUUAUGUUUCUCAUUGGUCACAUAACAAACAUGGCCUAUACACACACGCAGUGCAAGAAUAUUGUGAAGACAGCCUUAUAAGUACCAGUCCAUAAAGUUUCAAGUCAUUGCUGUCUUGAUAACAGUUUGAUAAGGCCAUUUUCGAAAACAUCCCUCGAGACUCGACCGAGUCUCUUGAUACGUUUAUACAUAUUUUUCUUUUUUUAGUGUCUUCACGUCAAUAAUAACUGCAACCACGAUAAAAUGGCAGCACUUGAGAUAGUGUGCGGUGUCGCUGUCACAUUUCUGUUGAUCUAUUAUUACUUGACAAGAAAUUAUGGUUUUUGGAAGCAACGUGGCGUCGCAGGUCCUGUACCGUCGUUUCCCUUUGGAAACAUGGAAGACACAAUAUUAGGAAAGUUUGAAUUAGGGGUUCUAUUCAAACAGUUCUAUGAUAAAUACAAAGGAGAACAAAUGGUUGGUAUCUUUGUCAGAAGCACACCGGCACUGGUCCUAUGUGAUCCUGAGCUAAUAAAAGACGUGCUCAUCAAAGACUUUACGGUAUUUGCCAAUAGAGGACUGAAGCACAAUGCCAAAGUUGAUCCAUUCUCGGCAAAUCUUGUAUUUCUCGAUGAGAAGGAAUGGCGGCCACUACGGAAGAAACUCACUCCCGUCUUCACUUCCGGAAAACUGAAGCAGAUG